UUGAGACACAUAAAAGCAGACAGUUGACUUCUCUGUUAACUUCAACAGACCUUGAGACAAUGGCUGACAAGGUUGACAAUUUUGGAGGAUGGAGUGAGACAAAGGAUGCCACUGAUGAAACUCAGAAGAUUUGUAAUCAGGUGAAAGAUCAAGUGGAAAAAAGGUCAGGCAAGAAGUAUCGGGAUUUCGAAGCAGUUAAAUACAGGGCGCAGUUUUUGGCAGGCGGCGAACACGUCCUCAUCCAGGUUCAUGUUGGAGCAGAGGACUACAUUCAUCUGAGUAUCUCCAAAAUAGUUGGGACUUUAAAAGGCCAGAAUUAUGAGCUGCGCGGUGUGGAGCAGCACAAAACCAAAGAGGACCCCCUGGUUCCUUUUAAAAACUGAUCAAACAACCUGUUUCAACAGUGAAAUACUAACAGGCUGCAGUCUCAUAUUAAAAAGUUCUGCUUCUUUAUCCUGAAAUGAUUUGACAUCAAUUUUGAAUGUAUUGACACGUAAAAAUAUGUGGCUCUGGGAAGCACCAAGUUCAUUGCACUUCCUUCUAAAGAAAUAAUAAAGAAAGCAUU